UAUCAGAAUAGAGCUCCGUGUAUUGGUUGUCAAAGAGCACUGUCAGAGAAAAACCAAAAUCUCAAGUAAAUCCAAAUCCAAAAGUAUUGCAAACCGAACCAAAAAUCCCAAACAAAUGCAGAAUGCACACAACAAUGUCAUGGCUGCCAUUUGUCCACUAAACGAAUGCAGGCAAUUGGUGGCUCAUUCGCAUCUCCUGCGACACAUGAUUAACGAGCAUUUGGAUGAACGCGCACAUACCCUACCCUUUCAGAUGCGUCUGCGUGAAGUAUGGACUGGUCAACGAACUUUGCUUCUGCUGGCCUUUCGACAAUUACGUUCACAUCGUGAGGAAUGCCUGGCCAUAUUGAAUUGGGCUGGUGAUGGUCACAAUUGGAGCCUAUGCGAACCGCAAUUGGACUUGUCGCCCCAUCACGAAGCAUUGAGUGACCAUUUACCCAUUCUAGUGAUGGUCAGCAAGACAUCAUGGAGCCACUUGCUGUGCACUAAACAAAUGAAAACAGAUGCAGAAUUAACUCAGCUAACGGAUACUGGCAUUUUCUAUAUAUUCUGUCUCCUAGCACCAUUCACAAGUCGUCCGGUUUAUGCCACAUUGAGUGUCCUCAAUUGUGAAUUGCAUUGUUUGCGUCGGCGACGGCAAAAGAUACGCAAUUUUGCAACACGCAUGCAACUUAGCGAGUUCAUCAGUGGCAUCGACAGCUACUUCAUGACCAUUACUCAGACCGAAAUGGAUCAGCUAUGCCGACCAGAUGAGUCGGCAUUUCUAGAAAUAAUCAUUAAUGGUGAAAGUCAGCCAAACUAGCCUGUGUUUCUCUUUCAUUUUUUGAUUUUAUAUUAUAUUUUUAA